UGGCCCUGAGUGCAUGUUCGCAGUGCCCAGCCGGGCCGCAGGGGGGCGCUGGCAAACUGCUGUUUGCGACCGAGAAGCGUGGUGGGUGGAGUCACGUCGCGCGGCCUGUGAGCGGGAGGAAGGGCAGCUGCGAUGGAGGGGCCUUCUGGGAAACGUCCUUCCUGCCCCGCCUUUCGCCAACGCUGCGGAUGGUGCGCCUGCGCAGCGCGUGGACUUUGGCCUCAGCGCUCCUUUGGCAGUUUUACAGGCUGCGUCGCGGAGAACAAUGAAAGAGGCUUUAAGGUUACAAAUGGAAUUGGGUCCUCCGUUGGCUUCUACAUUGGACUUUCACUCAGGACUGGCUAAUAAGAAUGUAGUACCCCACUAGUUUUAAUGUUCUGUAGUUCAGGGAUAGGCACAUGAAUCAAUUCAAGCCAAGCAGAAUUAGAUCAGAGACGUUUGUUCUGUGCUGGACUUGUCGAUGGGAAUAUGUAACCUCCCUUCACAAAAAGAGACCCUUACUGAGAAUGACUUCUCCUCAGAGGACAAAAGAAGAGGAGAUACAGACACAGACAUGUAUGCACACAGAAGGAAGACCAUAAAAACAGAGACAAGACAGCCAUCUACAAGUUAAGUAGAGAGGGUUCUGAAGAAGCACUCCUGCCAACACCUUGAUCUUGGACUUCAAGCCUCCAGAACUGUGAGAGAAUAAAUUUCUGUUUGUUGAA